AUGGGUCAAUCCUACUCAUUGCCUGAAAAGACGGGUCCAUCGCCGUUUACACGGUCUGGAGAACCUCCUGUCAAGCUUAAUCAAACUACAGACAAGCCCCAACAUCGUGUUAACGAUGUGAUGAGUCUUCAGCUCCACAUGGCUGAUGAACGCCAACGAAUGGCUGGUCUUUCGCCAGCUGAGCGUGAAUGGAGAAUGUGAGUCGGUGUAUAUAUUGCUUAUAGUUUUUAGGAAAUGGUUAAAAGAUCAACAUCUUCAUCCUGAUGAACCUAUUCAUGUCGAUGCUAUUCAUCGCCAGCUGAAUCCAGUCAGAAUGUUGUACAGAAGGCCUUGGGAUUUAUUUUACACCAAAGUUCUUGUCAAACGUCUUGUAAGUAUUUAUUUUAUUGACUUCUUAAAUUACAUCUAUUUAUUUUUAAUAUACAUAUUGUUCAGAAAGUUUUUUGUAAUACUAUAUUAAAAUAAAUCAUCCUGUUAGGGUCCAUACUACGGCUUAGCCUUUAGACAAAUGGUUCCAAAACUGAUUAUUGGAUUCCUGACUAUACAAUUUGUAUAUUAUCAAUGGAAGUACCAGGCCAAGGUAUGUUAGGUCAUUUGUUGUAUAGUAGAAUUGAAGUACGAAUUUUAGGUGAUAAUAGUGAAGUAAAAGUUUUAUAUUAUGUUUUUAGAACUGGGAAGCCUACUCCGGACUCACUACCUUUGUUGAGAAUCCUAUCAGAGACAAGAAGAAGAUCGAGGAAGAAUAUCCUGGUCUUUAUGCUAAGGCUAUGUACAACGACAAACAGUACGACUAUCAUGAUAGAACUUAUCAACAGCGACUUACUCAUCGUGAUGUUGGAGAACCUAAUAGGAAAUACUGA